AUGGCACCCGCUGCCUCUGCGUCGACCAGCGCCAAAGCCAGUCCCGCCCCCGCCGCUGCUCCCAAGGCGAAGGAAGCCCCCGUCGACCCGGAGGAGCUGAUGAAGGAUGCGUCGACGGCAGACUUGGAGGACGAGGUGACUGAGGGUCCUGCGGCGAAUUGGGAGGUUGCUUACGUCUGGGCGUUUGUUCGCCGCUUCACCAGCCUCGUCGACUUCGAGGAGCAAACCCCCGUCAUGCCGGACGUCAUGUCGUUCGAGCAAGCCCUCCUCGACUGCUCGCCCGCCCCGCCACCCCGCACCUCGCUCCGCAAGAACAAGAAGCCUCUCACUGCCGUCUCUUUCCGCACCGCCGCCAACGGCAACGGCAAGAAGCGCGCCGACUCGCCUGCUGACUCGCUCAGCUCGGUCACCGACUCGGACGAGGACGACGACGAGCUCAAGGCUGCUCGUGACGCCGUCAUGAACGCCCGCGCCGAUGCCGUCGACCCCGUCCCUCCCGUCCUGUCCGAAGACACGCCCGUCCCUCCCUCGUCUCAGAUCGUCCGCGACAUCCUCGACGUCUUUAUCGACAACCUCUCGGACCUGAAAGAGCUGACCGACUACCACGGCAAGAAGACCUGGUUCCACUUUCUCAUCAACUUUGUCACGAACCGGUUCAACGCCGACCCGUACUGGCGCGGUGGGUUGCGGUGGCAGACGAACUUGUUGAGGACGCGCGGGAAGAAGCCCGGACAGGAGAACGAGAAGAACUUUUGGCUCUUGCGCUGGGAGGACAAGAUCCACCUUAUGCGCGUCAUGGUGGACUUCCAGCUCACCAGCACGCCCAAGAUCCGCGAGAUGAUCAAGGAGAACUACGACCUCGGCAACCAGCGGAUCGCCAAGCGCGACCCCGACUCGAACGGCCUCGUCAUCCUCCCCAUCGGCCGCACCCUCUCGCACGUCACUCUUUACCAUAUCGACUCCUCCCCUCGCAUCUACGCCUCCGGCAACCCAUACACCGACAACUCCCCCUGGAUCGCCGUCUCGUCCACUCUCGCAGGCUACAAGGCGUUCCUCAAGACUCUUUCGGCGCCCACCAAGGCGGAUAGGAAGAUGCAAGCUUUGAGGGGUCCGUUUGCGAAGGCUGCGCAUUUGGUGGGCAGGAAAGCGAAGGGCAAGGGCGCGCCGGAGAAGGAGGACAAGAAGAGGGAGGAGAGGAUCACAAGGGCCCGACUCGAGGCGGACUUGCCCGAGAUCCUCGAGUACCAGGAGUACAUGGAAGCCCUCGAGGACCGCAAGCGUCGUGCGGAAGAACGCCUCGCCUCUCGCGAUGCCCGCGUCGCGCGCCAGCUCUCGCGCCUCGGUACCGGCUUCGCGACCCGCUCGUCCCGCCUUCGCACGCGCGACUCGUCCCGCGUCAACUACAACGAGGACUCGCAGGGAGCAGGCGCGGCGGACGUCGACUCUGAGGACGACGAGGAGGGACAGGGACGGAGGAAGAGGCGGCGCAGGGAUGCGGAUGAUGCGUACGACGAGAGCGCGGCGGGGUCUGAGGCGGGAGACAGUGUGGCCGGCAGCAGGAGGUCGAGCCGCAAGCCGGUCAUUCCGGGCGAGCGCCGCUCGGGUCGCUUGCAGCGCAAGGAGGAGCAGUUCGAUGAGGACGAGGAGGAUGGCGGGGAGGAAGAUGAGGCGGUUGACGGCGCAGAGGAGGGCAAGGAGCAGAACGGCGAUGUCGAGGAGGACAAGCCUGCGCUCGCUGCGGAGGCGAUGAACGGCUCGAGCGGCAGCGUCGAGGGACAGACUAUCCCUGCGACGCCGGCGGAGGAGGAGCAGGUCGAGGAGGAGAAGCCCCUCGCCGCGAAGGAGGUCGAGCCCGUUGUCAAUGGCGCGCAGCAGCAGGAGGACAAGGCGAUGGAGGUCGAUGCUCCCGUUGCGCCGUCGGCAUGA